AUGGAAAGUCAAAUACCGACCGCAGAGUCCUCCCAGCAGCAACAAGUCGGCGGCCAAUCGGCCUUUUGGAUCCUCGUGACCUUGGCCCUAGCCGCGGUGACGCAGCCAUCGACGUGCAGUCGCCGCCCGGGGCGCAACGUAAUCGACGGCGAGAUUGACCUCUUGCGCUCUCUUCCGGGAACGUGUCUAUUCGACGGCAUCAUUGACGUCAUUGUCUUGUGCCGAGCACUGGGCGAUGAUGAUCCCGCGAGACGGCGGCGGCGGCGGGCACCAUUGACCGCAAACGUCGCUACCGUAAGGCUGGCGAUUACCUUCCUCGCCGUCUUGCCCCAGGCUAUCAAGGUCUUUAGCUUGCGCGGUAUUCCUGUCACGCAAGUCUGUGCAGCGCUGUAUCUCUUUGCCGCCGUGACAAAGCUCAUUAUUGACUUGAGUCGCUUCGAGACGGAUGGAUAUUACCCUGUUACAGAUGGCCCGGAUAGUACCUCGUCUGCGAUACUGCUGAUGUCGGUCCUCUUCAUCUUAUAUAGUCAAUUCGCUCUGGAAAUCGGCGUCUGGUGCGACAUUUCUUCCUCGGUCAUCAUUCACUUGCCUCCACAAGUGCACAAUGUGAGCACCUGGCUUAAUUUUAGCUGUGUCUCUAUUAUACUUUUGCAGGUCCUGGUAUUUGCUGCACGUAUUUUGAUUCCUCCACUCCGUCGCUCCCUGUCCUCACCUUACGCGAUCCCCAUCUUUGGACUUUUUCUCUUGUCCAUGGUCUCGGGCAUUGGAGAAACAGAGGAGAAGCUCGCCCAGACGAUGGAAAGGCCCAAAUCAGCCAUUGGUCCGCUACCUGCUUGGGCGAUCCGUGUGACAGACACAUGCCGUUACGUGACGUGCGUUGCCAUUGUCAGCAUCCUAAUGGCCAAAACCAUAGGCGGACUCGGUGAUCUGAUUGCUCGGCGGGGAAGAUUACCGACAGUGGCGCCAGAUGGUACAGAGCCCCGAGUUGCAUCGCAACCACUGUCCCUUCCUAUCCCCAAUGAUCCGCCAACUGAGCCUGGCCCGUCUGGAGGAGGCCCCGCAGACAGCAAUGCAGUAUCCCGUCGCAAGUUCAUGGUAUCACUCAAGUCAUUUAUGAGCUGGACGCUGUCUCUUGGUGCUCGCACCGAUCGCCGGCUGGCACGCCUCCUCAAAACGGAGUCUGACAGCACUAUUCUUGCCAUGACGAUAUUCAAUCUCAUUACGACGAUUUGCUAUUAUCUUGUCUGGUAUGAUGGAACAGGCACUGAAAGUCCCAAUUGGGUCAAUAUUUUAGGCUAG